GGUGUUGUUAUUGUCCAGCAGAUGGCUCUCUUACACUUCUCAACUGAGCAUCUUUUGUUUUAUAACGUAAACAAGUUAGAAGACGCCACCUCUUCAUAAGAGCAGAAAAAUAAAGUUAUUAAAAGUGCUAGGUAUAAUUCAGUAAAAAGGACGGACGACAUUACUCUCUACGCAGAAAUACUGCGUGAAUAUAGAGUUUAUAUUAGCACCUAGUGUGUAACAGCGACUCUAGCUAACUUUACAACGUGACAAGUGCAAUAUCAACAUCAAAAUUGUCAUAGCUUCACAAAAACGAAAGAAUUUAAUAGUUUGUGCUUUUUAGAUAAAAUGCCGCUUUUGGGGGAUCACAAGAUCUUGCGUAUUUUGCUCAUUGUCCUUUCUCAAUUAGCUUACAUUGCUACUUUGAUUGUCAAUGCGCUCGCGGGAUCAGGGAAAGGUCCAUUCCAUCGCAGCACUGGAAAUAUAUCAGACAGAUAUUGGACAGAGAUCACUCCUGCAGGAUGGACCUUCUCUAUAUGGGGAAUCAUAUAUUCCUGGCUCUUCCUGAUGAAUGUAUAUAUCCUGACUUCCUUCUGUAGAGGGUUGUACUCAAGUCCAGCAAUCCUUCCCUCUGAAUUCUUUCUCUCAUGGAUCAUCAACAUGAUUCUGAACAGCAUCUGGCUAGUCUUGUGGGAUAGAGAAUUGAUGAUCCCGGCACUGAUUGUUCUGGCCCUGAUUGCUUUCACCAACUACCUGCUGAUCUUCUUCUCUUGUAUUGGUUUACGGACUCAUGGAGCUUGGCUGAAACAGCACCACCCAAAAGAACUUCUCUGCAUCAUAGUGUUGGUUCAAAAUGGUAUUGCCACCUAUGCAACAUGGACAACCAUUGCCACACUGCUCAACUUCACUGUUGUGUUGAAUAUCGCAUCAGUUUCCACAACAAAUGCUGCUACAGCUUCUUUAUGCAUACUUCUUUUGGAAGUAAUUAUAUGGUUUACAGUUGAAAACUUUCUAAUAGAGAAGCAUGUCCGUUACAUCCUUACCAUUUACCCUGUGAUUAUCUAUGCUCUAAUUGGAAGCCUAAGCAAGCAUUACGACGCAGCUGCACCUGGCCGGAACGCAAUCUUUUCAGUGGUGCUCCUUGUGAUGGCCUGUAUUGUGUUAGUGGUGCGGGUGGGUCUGGUGGUUUGGAGACACAGGACUCGGCCUCUCUUCUGUGAAGUUCUGUGAACCCUGAGGUCCUGAUGUCACCAAACAGCGGCACUGAUAAGUAGCCAGAUAUCAUAAACAUGUGUUUCACAUGAAAUAUUAAAAAUGAUGUGCCUUGAAUGAUAACUCUUCAAGGUUUGCAGUACCUGCAUGAAUGUGUUUCAGCCAGGGCAGGUGCUUUUAAAGUUUUUGAAAGAAAAUUAGCAUGAAACACUAGCAAAUUUGUAUUUGUAUUCUGAGCUUGAGCCUGGCCAUAUCUAGAAUACUAAUUGUGCCUUACAUUAUGAGGUAUUCUGUUCUGUAUUAUACACUACCAUUCAAAAGUUUGGAGUUGAUAAGAUUUUUGAAUGUUUUUGAAAGAAGUGUCUUAUGCUCAACAAGACUGCAUUUAUUUGAUCAAAGCACACUAACAACAGUAAUAUUGUGAAAUAUUAUUACAAUUUAAAAUAACUAUUUUCUAUUUUAAUAUAUUUUAAAAUGUAAUAUUAUGUAUAUGUAUACAGUUACUCAUGACCAAAAAUAACAAUUUUUUACCUGACAGUAUUUUGAUUUUCUACUUACUAUAGGAUUUACAUGUGUGCAUGUUUACAUUAAAAUUCAGUAUUUUAGUAGAAGCUUUCAUCCAAAACAAGAUAUAAACAAAGAACAUCAUAAGCAAUAUAUCAUACAAGAGCCAAUAAUACUAACAAAACCAUGUUCCUUCUCUUUUGUUUGUGUUUUAAGUUUUAUGUUGUGUUUUUAAAGAUAUAACACUUGUGAAAAGCUCAUUUAUGAAUGUUUAAUAAAAUACUUGAAAUGCA